AAAGAGAGAAAGGGGGAUAGAGAGACAGAGAGAGUGAGAGUCCAGGCCCAAAUAAAGCCAUGGGGGCCGGGGCUGGGCUGGGUCCCCUUUUGCUAUAAAUACGCUGGCCGUCUGGAGUUUCGGGUUUGGCGGUUGGGCCUUGGGACCAGCAACCGCCACUGCAGCAGGAGCCUUCCUCAGGGGAUUCUCCUCCACUUACUCAUCAUUUUCAUCCUGGUCAUUAGUCUUCAGGGCAUCCAAGAUGCCUCGUGUCGAUGUAGACCUCAAGCUGGACUUUAAGGAUGUCCUCUUCAGACCCAAGAGGAGCAGCCUGAAGAGUCGCUCAGAGGUGGACCUUCAGAGGACCUUCACAUUCCGCAACUCCAAACAGACCUACACUGGCAUCCCCAUCAUUGCUGCCAACAUGGACACCACAGGAACGUUUGAGAUGGCGCAAGUCCUGAGCAAACACACCCUCUUCACAGCUAUUCAUAAGCACUACUCUGUAGAAGACUGGAAGAACUUUGCUGCUAAUCAUCCAGACUGCUUAGAGCACGUAGCUGCAAGCUCAGGCAGCGGCAAUGCAGAUCUGGAGAAGCUUUGUGCCAUCCUGGAAGCUGUCCCCGCCCUCAAGUACAUCUGUCUGGAUGUGGCCAACGGCUACUCUGAGUACUUUGUAGAGUUUGUCAAGACAGUCAGAGGAAAGUUUCCCAAACAUACCAUCAUGGCUGGUAACGUGGUAACAGGGGAGAUGGUGGAGGAGCUUAUCCUCUCUGGUGCUGACAUCAUCAAAGUGGGCAUCGGGCCAGGGUCCGUGUGCACGACCAGGAUCAAGACGGGGGUGGGCUACCCACAGCUCAGUGCUGUAAUAGAGUGUGCAGACUCAGCCCAUGGUCUCAAAGGACACAUUAUCUCUGACGGUGGCUGCAGUUGCCCAGGAGAUGUAGCUAAGGCUUUUGGUGCGGGGGCUGACUUCGUAAUGAUGGGAGGGAUGCUCGCAGGCCAUGACCAGUGUUCUGGGGAGGUCAUUGAGAAGAACGGGAAGAAGUAUAAACUCUUCUACGGCAUGAGUUCUGACACAGCAAUGAAGAAAUAUGUGGGUGGAGUUGCUGAGUAUAGGGCAUCUGAGGGGAGGACAGUGGAGGUUCCCUAUAGAGGAGAUGCGGAGAACACCAUCCGUGACGUGCUGGGGGGCCUACGUUCCACGUGCACCUACGUGGGCGCCGCCAAGCUCAAGGAGCUGAGCAGGAGAACCACCUUCAUCCGCGUCACACAACAGUCCAGCCAAAUGUUCACUUAGCAGGGGCUUCGGCACAUACACACACACAUACACGCAGGGUGCAUGAUGUGCAUUGUACGUGUGUUAUUCAGAGAUGAAAUGUGCAAUAGGAGGACAGUGGUGUAACACACGCAGGAGAAAGACACACACCCACACUGACACCUCUAUGUGAUCGCCCAGCCUGUUUCUCUCAGGAUAUCUGCUGUCAGAAAUCUGUUGCAGGCUGUGAUUAAAAUAAACUCAAAGUUUGACUUGAAAGAACAUCCCAGAGGAACCACAGCGCUCUAAUCAACUUAAUCCUGCACCAAGUGCGUUUACAUGCUUACAGACACCAUAAUAUGCUACUGAAUGGACCAGUUUUCUUUUUUUUUUUUUUUUUUAACAGGCUCACGCAAAUGUUGUAAUUACAACAGCAUUAAUAGAUUUUGGGGGAAUAAGAGAGCCAAACUGCAAAUGAGGCAAAUACUUCAGAUCUGAUCAAAAAAUACUCUUUCAACCUCUAUAUUUAACAGCAGUCCAGAUAGAUCUAGAUUAUCAUCAUGUCAAGAAUGAACAUCACAUGUGAACACACUCAGCAGGAUGAGGCUGAUCCUUGUGCUUAAAUCUUAUGGGGAAAGUGCUGAAUUGUAUGUUGGAAUGAAUGUGCAAAUCAAUAUGCAAGAUUCACAGAUGUCACCCUUUAACUGUCACUUGAGAAAUCAUGUCGCAAUAAAUUGCAUGCAGGACCUGCUGCUAAUUUCCUCA